AUGCCUCCGAAGUGUUUAACUCUAUUUGAGAAAGCGAAUAUAUUAGACGAACACAAAAAAGGUCUAAGUGUAACUGCUUUGUCUGUGAAAUAUGGCGUAGCAAAAUCAACGAUUUGUUCCAUAAAGAAGAAGGCUGAAAAAAUAAAGGACUCUGUCAAUAAAACCUUGAAACCUAGCAAGAAGCGAACGUUGAGAAGACCGGAAAAUCCAAAAAUGGAAAGAAAAUUAUACAAAUGGUUCCUAAAUCAGAGGAAACAUAAUGUUCCUGUCACAGGAGAUAUGAUUAAACACAUGGCAUCAAAAUUACAUGAAGAAUUUAAAGAAACCAAUAAUUUCAAUGCCAGUGAUGGUUGGCUACAGCGAUUUAAAAUUCGACAUGGCGUUAGAUUUUUAAAAAUUACUGGCGAAAAGCUAUCAUCGCAGCCAGAAUUAGUCGAUCCUUUCAAGCAGAAGCUGAAGAAUUUAAUUCAAGAACAUCACCUAAGUAACCAUCAAAUAUACAAUGCAGAUGAAACAGGCCUUUUUUGGAAACUUUUCCCUGACAAAACAUUUGUUGCCCUUUCUGAAAAAGCAGCUCCUGGAUUGAAGAUGGCUAAGCAACGUAUUACUUUAUUGGGGUGCGUGAAUGCUAAUGGUUCGCAUAAGUUGACGCCUUUAUUAAUAGGUAAAGCAGCGAAGCCAAGAUGUUUUAAAAAUUUUAAAAAUCCGUUCAUCUACAAGCACUCAAAAAAUGCUUGGAUGACGAUAGACAUCUUGAAGACAUGGUUUUUUCAUCAUUUUAUUCCAGAGCUGAGUGACAUGUAA